AGGUCUGAGGGCAAGGAAAAGGCCAAAAGAGGGUGGGAGAGUACUGAGCAAUGGGCGAGGGAGAGCGGGCGGCGGAGUCGGGCGGGUUUAGCGCGACGAGGGCCGGCGCCAAGUGCGGCCGCUGGAACCCGACGGCCGAGCAAGUGAAGGUGCUGACGGAUCUGUUCCGGUCCGGGCUCCGGACGCCGAGCACCGACCAGAUCCAGAUGAUCUCCGCCCAUCUCAGCGCCUUCGGCAAGAUCGAGAGCAAGAACGUGUUCUACUGGUUCCAGAACCACAAGGCCCGCGAGCGCCACCACAAGAAGCGCCGCCGUGGCCCCCGAGACGAAGAAGACGACGACGGAGACCACCAGAAAGCAAGAAGCAGAUGCUUAGCCAGCUGUACGAAGGGGAAGCAGGACUUGUUCUGGCAGCGGCAGGAGAGAGAAACCGAGACGCUGGAGCUGUUCCCUCUGAAGUCUUGCAGCUCUGACGAGGAGAAGGUGAUGUCGAUGAGGAGCGAGCUGUGGGGAAGACCAUUCUUGGACGCCGCAAGAGACCCGCCGUUGGAUCUGCGCUUGAGCUUUAUAUAGAGUAGGUCAGAGUGAGUGACCCAUGCUUUGGCCUGCAGGGAAGAAGGCUUCGACUGUACUCAAAGACAUGGCUUCUGUGUGUACCCACGGAUGACCUUGAGUGCCUGCCGAGGAGGAAGAA